AAAGAGGCAGGCCGAACCAGGAGAUGCUUUUGUAUGCUCCUACACGUUGACACACUUCAGAAACCACGUUUCUUUGAGUCAGAGCGGACUUCACGCACGGUACCACCGUACAGCAGGCGAGCCCAGUCUGAGGGAGCUGAACAGGUCAUUUCCACACACUAUAGAGCAAAACAAAGCGUCUAGCUUUGUUUAAUAAGAGGAAGCGAUGUCAGGGUUGAAGAAACGGAGUUCUAAUACAUCUGCGGACCGGGAUGAAGACGACAAGCAGGUGACGGAGAAGAUGCUCUCCAGCCGAGGUGGGAAUGGCAACAUGAGCCGACCUGGAGACGGCACGCCUGAAAGCCCGACAGCAGAUAUUACUUCAGCGGAUGGAGAAGGGACAGUCGAGCUGAAAAGAACUAUAACUCUCGUAAACGGCGUGGCCAUCAUUGUAGGCACCAUUAUUGGCUCAGGCAUCUUCGUUACUCCGACCGGAGUGGUGAAAGAAGCCGGAUCAGUCGGGCUGUCGCUGGUCGUGUGGGCUAUAUGCGGCGUCUUCUCCACUAUAGGCGCUCUCUGCUAUGCCGAACUGGGGACCACCAUCACCAAAUCUGGGGGUGACUACGCAUACAUCCUUGAAGUUUACGGCUCCCUACCUGCGUUUCUGAAACUCUGGAUCGAGCUGCUCAUCAUCAGGCCGUCCUCGCAGUAUAUUGUCGCCUAUGUUUUCGCUACCUACCUCCUGAAGCCCAUCUUUCCCUUCUGUCCAGUCCCUGAAACAGGGGCUAAGCUGGUCGCCUGCUUGUGUAUCUUGUUGCUGACCGCUGUCAACUGCUACAGCGUGAAGGCCGCCACAAGGGUUCAAGAUGCCUUUGCCGCUGCUAAGCUACUCGCCCUGGGCCUCAUCAUCAUUAUUGGCUUUGUGGAGAUCGGCAAAGGUGAUACUACUGAUCUUCUGCCUGCAAAUUCAUUCAAAGGAAGCAAUACGGACUUUGGCAACAUCGGAUUGGCUCUUUACAGUGGGCUGUUUGCAUAUGGAGGAUGGAAUUAUUUGAAUUUUGUCACAGAGGAGAUGAUCGAACCAUACAAAAAUCUGCCUCGGGCCAUCAUCAUCUCGCUCCCCAUUGUCACCAUUGUCUAUGUGCUGACCAACCUGGCCUACUUCACCACACUCAGUCCGGAGAAAAUGCUCGCAUCUGAGGCUGUUGCUGUGGACUUUGGAAACUACCACUUAGGACCAAUGGCUUGGAUAAUCCCUGUGUUUGUGGGCCUGUCCUGCUUUGGCUCUGUGAAUGGCUCUCUGUUUACUUCAUCUAGGCUGUUCUUCGUGGGCUCCCGAGAAGGUCAUCUUCCCAGUUUGUUGUCCAUGAUCCACCCUGACCUGCUGACCCCUCUGCCUUCACUUAUAUUUACGUGUAUCAUGACUCUCCUCUACGCUUUCUCCAACGACAUUUUCUCCGUCAUCAACUUCUUUAGCUUCUUUAAUUGGCUCUGCAUCGCCUUGGCGAUCCUCGGCAUGAUGUGGUUACGCUACAAGAAACCUGAGUUGGAACGGCCAAUUAAGGUCAGUAUUCUGCUGCCCAUUGUCUUCGUACUGGCCUGCCUGUUCCUCAUCGUGGUGUCCAUCUGGAAGACCCCUGUGGAGUGUGCUAUAGGAUUUGGAAUCAUCGCCACAGGAGUCCCUGUGUACUUAUUUGGCGUUUGGUGGCAGAACAAGCCAAAAUGGAUCUUGCAGAUCAUCUUCUCUGCCACAGCGACAUGCCAGAAGCUGAUGGAAGUGGUACCUCAGGAGUCCUGAAGACCAAACGCAGCGACGGGCGCCUCUUCCACGCACAAAGUCUCCUCGUACCCACCUCAAACCCCCUUUAGAGGGCCAGAGCCAGAAAAACGUCUUAUCCUGCUGAAACAGGCAAAAUCUAUAUGAAUUACCACACAAGAAACCAGAAACAUCAGGUCACAGGAGCAUUUCAAUUAAGAGUAGAUUUUGCCAGUCCUUCCUCAAUCAAAUGUGUUACACUGUAUACAUAUACAGUCUUUUUGUUUGACUGAUGAGUUUUCAAUCAGGACUUGAUUUAUUUUAUAUUUAUUUUUUUUAAACCACCGGAGAUAUGUGUCAUAUAAUUGGUCAUUACUUUAUUUAGAGCUUUGUUUGUGUGGCUUUCAGCUUCCUGUGUUAUGUUUUCAAUACAGGAAAGUGCAUUCCAAGCUGCUGUCUCUAUCAGCAACCAGAACCGAGAUUCCCACCCGACUGACAAAUUUGCAUCUUCGAUUACAGCAUUAAUGGAUUAUAAUGUCUUAUUAUGCAUUUCUCUUUUUUACAGCAGAUAUGACUAGUUUGCUGUGCCUUGUCUGUCGGUGUAAAAUUGUAUUAUUUUUUGAGAUCGACUUGAUAUGACUUUAUACUUCGACUAAAUUUAUUUUUGAUAGCUUAAUGCAGUUUUUUUUUUUUUAUUGUUACAAAGAAUUUCAAGGAAUCUCCUUUUUGCUUGGUCACAGUCCUUUAAUUGGAUGUAUCCAAUUUUUUUAAUAUUACAGAAGGCGCAGACGUACAGUAUUCAUAAAUUCAUCCAAAUACCUAUAGCCUUGCUGCUUACCUCAGUAAACAUACAGUACAUUACAUAGACCUGACUGUAUAUUUUCAUGCCUGAUUAUGAUUUAACGAAGCACAAAAGUUGAGGCGCUGUUUUCCUGUUUCCGUUAAAGUACAUCUUUUUCUGCGUCUGUCAUGCAAAUGUAUGUUAAGUACAUAACACUGGACCACUUUUUAUUUCAUUUUCCUUUUAUUUGGCAGUUAUUUAAACAAAGCGAAGUUGCUUGGUAAUUGCAAACUUUUAGAAGAAAGUUAUCGUAAGUCUAUUGUAUACAAGGUAUCCAAGGUAUCGUCAAAUUUCCCAUUUACCGAAGACAUUUUAGUGCCUCAUCAGUGUGUGAACUGAAUGAAAAUCUGAAUGACUUUGCUGUAAAAUGCGAUACACGUCACUGUGUUUCAGUUACAUGCGGAUGCAGUGGUUUUAGCUCAUCCUAGUUUCGGUUAAAUGUACAUUUGUUCCUAUACUGGACCAAAAUCAGUUGUUUGUGUGUGCGAAAAUCCGCAUUUUCCGUCAAAAAGUGGUGAGAGAAACACUAGGGGUGUUUUGGGUGAUGGAGGGGAGGUUGUUUUAGGACAAAACGGAAGUUGUCCUUUGGUUUUUACGAUUACAGAAUCAUUUCCAAGGCUUCUGGAUAGAGGAAGCGCUCUUUAGAUGCUUUUCUUUGUGUUAUUUAGAGAAUUACAGCAGUAUCACUAACACUCCAGCCAACAAGAUCAUUUUAUCUAAUUUAAAUAGUUAUGGAGAAAGUUACUUAUAUGUAUUUAUUUAUUAUUUGUAGAUUCAUUCAGUUAGUGCUCUAAUAAUUUUCUACAGGGCAUUUUGUCUAAAAAAAAUGCUGAAAAUAAAUUGUUACUGAUAUUUUUCUCUUUCAUCAGAAUGAUUUUUUUAUAUUUGAGUUUUUGUUGUAUUUUGUAACUAAUGGCUUGGUUUAGGUGGUGCCCAUUAAUAUAAAAAUAACUGCAGAUGAGCUGAGUCUGCCUGCACUGACAUCUGCCCCAUCAUAACAAGACAUUAUAGCGACGCACAAUUUGUCACUGCAUUUCACUACUUUGUUGGCAUACGAUGAAUUAUAUUUGAUCACAAUGGAUCUGUUUGUAUUUCAUUUUUUUUUUUAAACAUGCUUUGAAUAAUAAUAAAAAAAACUAUCUGCAAGAUAUGACUGACUUGCACCUGUAAGAUUAUGUGUAUUGUCCACAGUUUCUUUAAACACCAUAUUUUUGGCAUGUAUAAUUAAACUUUACUUCCAACAACCAUCUUUGUGUCACACAGGCAUGCAAACCCUUUUACACAAGGGCAGACUCGGUUUCUGAUCAUUUCAUUUUUUGAAGCUUGCUUAAGAGAAGGAUGUUUUGUGAUCUGCAGCUACGCUGUUUGUAGGACUCCGUUAACAGUUGUAUGUAUUCUGGUGUCAACCAUCUGUCCUGUCUUCUCUGUGAUGUCCAGUGAAAUACAACUACGAAGAGAUCCUAUUGAGCAGUUUCUUGUAAUGGUUAAAUGUCUACUGUACAAACUUUUUUUUUUAGAAAUUAAAAAAUUCAUGCUCUGAUGUGAUUUUUACUUUGCCGCAAGACAUUGUUGAGUAUUCAGAGAAAUAAAACAUGAAUGCAUUCAAA